AUCCAGUGCCAAAACCAGACGGUUCUUGGAGAUUCACACAGGAUUUGCGAAAAAUCAAUGAGUUAAUCAUUCCAGUUGCACCAAUAGUCCCUGAUGUUUCUUCCAUCAUAGCCUCAAUACCGUGCACACACACUGUGUUCUCUGUGAUUGACCUUUGUUCUGCUUUCUUUAGUGUUCCAGUAGGAAAAGAGACUCAGCCACUCUUUGCCUUCACGCACAGGGGGCGGCAGUACACAUGGACCAGGUUGCCACAGGGAUACAUUGAUUCUCCCGCGGUCUACGCGACUACGGUCAAGAACGUCUUGUCAAGCCUCUCUCCACCCCCUGAUUCUGUUGUCCUACAAUACGCUGACGAUCUCCUGGUAACUGGCACUGACUAUGACACCUGUCAGGCGGCCACCAUAGCUCUUCUGGAACACCUUGCUACAAAGGGUUUCAAAGUUUCCAAGACAAAACUGCAGUUCUGUCAGAACACUGUCCGAUAUUUGGGCUAUGAACUGUCACAGGGCUCAAGAAAAUUGACUGUUGAGCGAAUCAAAGUCAUCAUGGACACUACACAGCCUGAGACUAAACAGGCACUACAGGCUUUCCUAGGCCUCAUCAACUACUGCCGUCAGUGGAUUCCAGACUGCUCUCUGUACGAUAAGUGUCUGCGAACUGCUGUGAGACAUUCUGAUCCUUCUACUACACCGUUGACAUGGACUUCAGAAAUGCUGACUGCUUUCGGGGCCCUGAAACGUGCCCUGUGCACGGCUCCGACGCUGGGACUGCCCAAUUACAGCCUCCCAUUUCACCUGUAUGUGGCAACUAAACCCGGAACAGCGUCCGGUGUUCUGGCUCAGAAGCAUGGGGGGGGCAUGCGACCUUGUGCAUUUCUUUCCAAAUCUCUAGACUCUGUGGCUCAGGGAUUGCCUGCCUGUCUUCGUGCCGUUGCCUCCUGUGCGCUGAUGGUAACUGAUGCUGAGAAGAUCGUUUUGUCCCAUCCCCUGAUUCUGCACAACUCACAUCAGGCUGCUGAGCUAUACGCCUUACACGCGCCUGUGUCCUGUCUGCUGACACUGAUGUCACUAUCUACACAGACUCACGCUAUGCUUUUGGGGUUGCUCAUGAUUUCGGUAGGAUUUGGCAAUCUCAUGGCUUCACUGCCGCCGAUGACCUUGUUCCUCCACAGACUGAGGGUAAAAUCUCGCCCUGGACACCAACGUCGAACCGCAGACACUCUGGUGCAGGCUUAUAGGACACAAAACACACUGCUGGACGUGUCGGAAGAAGCUAGGUGGGGAACAACAACCUCUGCUGGACAAAGACACGGCCAGUGACCAGUAUGGCCGCCCUUACUAAUACUACUGUCCAUGCUUGGGACAGGGUUACCCGUCCAAGCACAUCCACAUGACAACAAGUUUAGGAACCUGAUUAUACUUAAAUCAUUUAUUAUUAAGUAUAAAAGAGGGGAUUGUGAGAAUGUAUUUUAUAUGCGCUUGCAUGUGCCUGAGAAUGAACUAAUUGUACCAAGAUUUAUGUUGCUAAAAUGUUACUCCACAGCUUGAUUAGGCAGGAGUAGUUGAAGGUCACCGAACAUGUUUCUGUUUUUCUACGUGUAUAUUCUGUUCCUCCUUACACAUACCUAUGUCUUAGUUGGCUUUAAAAUAACAAUGUUGUUUAAUGCUGAGCCUGGGUACAGCACGAAAAGCACAUAGGAGAAGAUUAUGUUCUGUUUUCUUACAACGAACAUCUGUGUUCACUACCUGUGUUUACUACCUAGUCAGAUGCUCAUCUCGCGAGAAGGGACGUUGACUCCCUCCCAUUGCGCAAUAACCCCGCCUCCGUGGCACCUUUGUUGCAAAGCUGUGUGUAUAAAUACUUUGUUCUGAUACAUUUUUUUGGAACAGUGAUCAUGAAUAAACCAGACGUGAUUUGA